UUAAAAAAGAAAGAGAAAAGAAGUGGAAUAUAACCUUUUAUUUCCUGUGAAUUUUGAAAUUAGAUUAAUUAUUGAAAAUAAUGAACUCUUUAAUUCGUAAAUUCAAUUUAAAAGCUGUUGUCAAUUAUUCGAGAAUAAUUCGAUCAUGUUCCACAGACGUCCCAGACUUUGACAUGGAAAAUCCAUACGAGAGAGAAAAGCGGGAGUGCAUCUUAUGCAAGCACAAAAUUCAAGCAGACUACAAAAAUGUACGGUUGCUCUCGCAGUUCCAAUCUCCCUACACCGGUCGAAUCUAUGGAAAACACAUUACCGGACUGUGUUCCAAACAACAAGAGUUGGUUGAAAAGGAAAUUGUAAAAGCCCAGAGUGCUGGUUUGAUGGGAACUUAUUCCAAGGAGCCUAUUUUCCUUCAAGAUCCCGAAUUAUUUGAUGUGGAAAAGCCCUUGAGGCCCCACAGAUUUUAGUGAUUUAAAAAUAGUUGGAUAUAGAAUAAGGUGUUGAUUUAUUGUGUCACAAAACCGUUAGGAAAAAAAUAAAGGUAAUACAUUGACGU